AUGUCAAAGUUUUUUCUUCUUGCUACUUUAUUUUUCUCCCUAACAUUGGGUGCUCCUUUUAGUUAUAUUCAUUUGGAAACUAUCCAAUUUGAAAGUAGUAAUCUUGCUCCUUUAUUAUCUUCAAGGAAUGCUGAAAUUAUUCCUGACCAAUAUAUCGUUGUGUUCAAAAACCAACUUCCAAAGGAGAAAGUGGAAUACCAUCAUAAUUGCAUUCGCUCCUUUGUUGAGGAGGAAAAUCAAAAACUCGCCAAGAGAGGUAUACUUGAUAAAUUGAUCCACGGCAUCACACAUAUUUAUGAUUUAAAGGUCAUAAAAGGCUAUGCCGGUAAAUUCACAAAAGAGGUUCUAAAUAAGAUUAGGCAAAGUGAAGAGGUUGCUUGGGUUGAAAGAGAUCAAGUAGUUUAUGCUUCUGACUUGCAACGCAAUGCUCCUUGGGGUUUGGCCCGUAUUGCUCAUCGAUCAGCCUUAACAUUUUCGACUUUCAACAAAUAUCUUUACGAUCCACGGGGUGGAGAGGGCAUCACUGUUUAUAUAAUAGAUACUGGUAUCAAUAUUAAUCAUACUGACUUUGAAGGUAGAGCUUCGUGGGGUGCUACAAUUCCCGAAAAUGAUGAAGAUGUAGAUGGUAAUGGUCACGGUACCCAUGUUGCUGGAACUGUCGCUGGUAAACGUUAUGGUGUAGCAAAAAAAGCAAAGGUUGUUGCCGUAAAAGUUUUAAGAUCCAACGGUUCUGGUACUAUGUCUGACGUAAUUAAGGGCGUCGAAUUUGCUGCCGAGGCUCAUUUAGAAGAAAAAGAAAACGCCAGGAAAACUGGUCGUCGUUUCAAGGGUUCUGGUGCUAAUAUGAGUCUAGGUGGUGGUAGAAGUAAAGCUUUAGAUUUGGCAGUUGAUGGUGCUGUAGAUGUUGGUCUCCACUUUGCUGUUGCUGCUGGCAAUGAUAAUCGUGACGCCUGUGAAUAUUCCCCUGCCGCUUCUGAAUUAUCUAUCACCGUUGGUGCUUCUACCAUUGAAGAUGAACGUGCCUGGUUCUCUAACCAUGGUCCAUGUGUUGAUGUUUUUGGUCCCGGAAAGGAUAUCACAUCUUCUUGGAUUGGCUCACGAACUGCCACCAACACUAUCUCUGGAACUAGCAUGGCCUCUCCUCAUGUUGCCGGUUUGAUCGCAUAUUUGCUUUCUCUCCAACCUUAUUCUGCUGAACCUAUAACUCCAAAGGAACUCAAGAAUUUGAUCAUUAAAUAUUCUACGAAAGGUGUUCUUACGAAAAUUCCUAGUAACACCGAUAAUUACUUGAUAUUUAACAACUUUGCUGAAUAA